GGGACGUUCAUUAGUGAUAACAGCGAGCUAAAGCGAUCUGACCUCAAACGCUGGCUCGAGGACCGGGGCACCCAACAGCUAUUCACGGCGCCCCACACCUCAGCUCAGAAUGGUCUCGUUGAGCGCUUGCACCUUUCGCUGAUGAACAAAGCCCGCACGAUG